CUAUUUCAUGCAAUUUGCAGAUAGGUGAAUUUAAACUUAAAUUUGAAUAAAGAAUUUCUAACGAUUAUAUUAGCAAUAGGGCUCGAGAUACUCUGCGUUUAAUAAGGAUCUGAAGUGAAUACUUUGUUCUGACGCAAAAAGAUGAACAAUGAACUCCGUGCUCACCUCGUUAGCGGAUUUGUCUCUGCGUGAAUCUUCUGAUGGUCGUCUUGAGGUUCUUCAAGAUCUCGACCUCUUCUACAUCAAGCAGCUCGCUCACGGGCUCAAGGAAUAUGACUUGGAGCAGCGCAUCGGUCUGGAGAUCAAGAUGCGAGAAGGCAGCAGCAAGCUGCUGGCUGCGUGCGGCGCCACGGCGGGCGCCAGGACGACGAUGCCACAUGCCCUGGAGGCGGCCAAAAGCCUCCUAACCUCCAAUCACAGGAUGGCGGCCUACAUGGCAGAGCUGCAAAACCGCAGGAAACUCUCCCUCAGAAGCGCCUCCAGCCCUGCUGUACAAAGCAUCCCUCCGUCAGUGGCGCGCGUUUGCAUCUCGGACUUGCGGAUGCCGCUCAUCUGGAAAGAUUCUGACCACUUCAAAAAUCGUGGAGACUUCCGCAGGUUUGCGGUGUUCGUGCUACUGAAAAUAGGAACUGAAAUAUACGACACGGCGAUGAUAAACCCUGUUGACCGCUCGAUGACGGAUAUAUGCUUUGACGACAUCAUCACUUUUUCUGGCAUACCGGCGGACUUCAAGUGUGAGUUGGAGGUGUACAGCACCGUUCUGCACAACGAUCUCACAAUGGCGAGCACUCCUCGUAAACUUCGUAAGACUCUUCAUUCGUCCAUCAGUCGGACGGUGGGUAGGAAAUUAGCGUCUUCCUUGAAAGAUGAGCUGCAACAGCCACCUCAGCUCGGGCCGAAGAUGGAGCUUGUCGCGACCGCAACGCUUGACGUGGACGACGUGUCGCCCGAUAUCGCCACUUACGAUCUCACCCUCAGUAAUAUUGAACCUCGCUCGCAUCAACUACCUCUUUUUGGACACUUCUGUUGCCGCUUAGCCGCUGCUCCCGAGUGUCAUUCCCAAGAAAGACUAGCAGCUUCUUUACAUGUUCAGACAGGAGAAAAGCACUGUACAGUGGGCCAGUGUUGGGUGCGUCUGCAGGGCUGGAGACUCGAGGCCUGGGAGUCGCAAGAGGAAGCUCGCACCUCUGAACACCACCCACAGAUCUGCGUCUCAGUAGACAGGCAUUGUAAAAUAGAGCGCGAGAGCAUUCUGUGCGUGAGCGUGAAUAACCACGAGGGCUUGGAGCGCGGUUGCUUUAUGCUUACCUUCUCAGAUGAACAAGCUGCUCAAGCUUGGUUCGACGUCCUCACGCAGGUUGCAUCAGACCACAAAGCAUGGGGACCAGCCGCCGUAGAGGAGAUGGAGAUCUUGACGCCUCAGCCCCCACGCCAUCCAUUUAUGCCGCUCGAUUAUAACUCAAGAAAAGGAAGAUUCACUUCCUUGUACGAGGAGACGCCGCUCACUGAUUGUUCGGACGGUUCUUCGAAGUCGUCGUCAGAUGACCUGUACAGCUGCAGCUCAGUGCUGGGUUCCUACUGCCCGAGCCUACCUCCUCCAGCCACACCAACGCUGCGACCGCGCGCCCUCACCCUCUCCAGGUCGUCGUUCCGGCGCUGGGGCAGCGCUCGCUGUAACCUCCCCUUCUUCAGGAGUAAUUCCUAGUGUGGCAGCUUGCAAUAUCCAUCCACAUGUUUAUACUCUAUUUUAUUAAAGCCAUUCAACUAGUUUUCUUUGCUUUAAGUUGUUGAUAUAAUAAACCAUUGUUUGAGUACUAAGUCGUUAGUAUGUCUUCAUGUAUUGUCCUAGUUCUUCAUUUUGUUAAACUGCAGAGGAAAUCUGAUCCCUUCAAGUAUCGAUAUAUCAAUUGUUUCGAUUGAUAUUCAUAUCGAUUUACAUAGUUUUCAUGUGUUGAACGUAGAUAACAAUGUAAGUGUAUUUAAUAACGAUCAAUCAUCAUAAUACCUCAAUGGUAACCUGAUAGUAUGUAAUAUGAAGUGAAAUAAACAACAGUAAAUUGGUCCUCACAUAGAUGCGUGAAUUGGCAGUGUUGGAUCGUUGAGCAUCAACCGUUCCGUCGUAGUAUUUGUAAAUAUUUUAAGAAAAGUUCAGUAACCAGUAAAUAUUGAUUUGUUUUUGAUAACCAUGUUGCCCAUUUUUUACCCGUACUGUUUACUCGUAACAUUAUCGAAGGAUGUGAAUUGGUCGUCAGUACCCACUUCUUUGCUAUGAGUAGAGAAGCACGUGCUUAGUGCCAUUAAAGCAAAAUCUUGAGAAAGAUACCGUCUGUUCUAAAACAAUUAGCGUAUAAAAAUGAGUAAAUACGUCAAACAUGUUCACUAAUAACGGAGAAUUUUUUUUUUACUUUAUUAUACGUCAGAAAAAUCCAUGAAUUACUCAUUCUCAAUCAUCUCCCUGUAAAUUUUGUUUUCUGUGUCGUUUUUCAUUGCUGAAGAGUGAACUAUUCAGUGAAAACUUGCAUCUCUUGUUGGGAAAGGAAUAAGAGGAACCUAGACCAUGAGAUGAACUGAUCAUUUGCUCUUUGGCAGUUGCGGAAGAUUUUUGUGAUUUAUGAAACAUGUGUGAACGAUGGUGAAAAAAUGUCUCUGUGGGUACAAUGAGUUUCCGGUUAGAAAAGGCAUCGUUUCGUUGACGUAUUUUUGGCGGAUGACCUUUCAUAUUGUCCUUUUGCUACUGCGGCAUAGGCUGUCUUCUGUAGCCCAAGGAUAUUUUACUUUGAACACCGAUGUUUGUGUGCA